GAAUACCGACUCCCAAUUAAAGUUGACUGGGAAGCAUCAAACCUACCAGAGCAGUGGCGAAAAUUUCAAAGCCACGUGCGAUUGAUCUUUGACGGGCCCCUCGCUGACAAAGCAGAGGAAAUUAAAGUAAACUACCUUCUCCUGUGGAUCGGAGAUAAGGGACGUGAAAUUAGAAACACUUGGACUGACCUAGAUACGGAAGAAAAUGCAGAAGCACGUAAAAAACUGCAAACUCUCUACGAUCGCUACCAAGCGUAUGUGCAACCGAAGUUAAAUCCAAUUUUUGCACGGUACAAAUUCAAUAAUGAAGUCCAGGGCGCAGGAACGAUAGAACAGUUCGUGACAAAACUGAGAGUUCUAGCUCGAGACUGUGCGUAUGCAAGCUGCGACGAGAUGAUUCGUGAUAGAAUCGUGUUUGGCACCUCAUCUGACAAGGUGCGUGAAAAACUAAUAAACGAAGGAGAAAAACUUACCCUGGACAAAGCGAUCCAAGUAGCGCAGUCGUACGAAUAUUCACAGCAACAAUUAAAAAGCAUGACACAGCAAGAAGUACACAGUGUGAAAAGAGGUGCUCCGAGCGGGCAUCAACGUCGAACCAACGAACACCGGGCGGGCAGGCAUUCCAAUGGGCACAAACCAAGCUAUCCUGGGAGCAGACAGCAAGCACAUGGACACAUGAACGGUGACAUGAAGAGACAUUCUAGUGGCAGUGCGCAGAAAUCAGGACAAUCUGAGUGCGGACGAUGCGGGUUCCAACACAAUAAACUUGCAAUAUGUCCAGCAAAAGGCAAACAAUGCCAGUCAUGUAACAAAUACAAUCAUUUCUCAAAAAAAUGUUUCUUUAAGGGUGCUAAGGUUCAUGAUGUGGAAGCUCUGCCAGAUAGUUCAGAUUCAAAUGAUGAAUUUUUCAUUGAUUCUAUUAAAACUCCCAGUAAUGCUAACCAAGCUUUCUAUACCCUUCAUGUAGGACCCAAAAAAGUCCCUGUUAGGUUUAAACUUGAUACAGGCUCACAAGCCAACAUUUUGCCUAACUCUUUGUUUGAAACUUUAGGGAACCAGGGUAAACUCCAACCUUCAAGCGAGAAGUUAUCUGCUUACAGUGGUCACACCUUAGAUACCUUGGGCAGCUGUCAGCUGACAUGUCAGCAUAAAGGUAAGUCAGUGAAACUUUACUUCCAUGUAGUCAAAACUCAAUCAACACCAAUACUUGGUAUGAGACCAUGUCUCGAUUUGGGCCUCAUAAAGCUGGUAUACACAUGCAGUGUUGACAGUCCUGUGUCAAAGGUAAGUGACUCGCAACCCCUUAACAAAGACACAGUUCUAUCUGAAUACAAGGAUGUUUUUGAAGGUAUAGGCCUACUUAAGGGUGAAUGUCACAUCAAAACAGACCCCAGUGUUCCCCCUGUAGUACACCCCCCACGUAGAGUCCCUUUAUCCUUGAGAGAAGGGUUAAAAGAGGAACUAGCUAGAAUGGAAAGCCUAGAAAUAAUCACUAAGGUCAUAGACCCAACAGAGUGGGUUAGCUCCCUUGUUGUAGUAAAAAAACCUGAGUCUGGGAAGCUCAGAGUUUGUAUAGACCCCAAAGACCUAAAUAAGGCAAUAUUAAGGCCCCACUACCCAACCAAAACCCUGGAAGAUGUCCUACCUGAAAUCUCGGGCGCCAAGUAUUUCAGCAAAUUAGAUGCUAAAAGUGGGUAUUGGAACAUAAAAUUAGAUGAGGAAUCGUCCCCCCUCACAACAUUUAACACCCCCUUCGGCAGGUAUAGGUACCUCCGCCUCCCCUUCGGGCUGAAGUCAUCUCAAGAUGAAUUUCAACAAAAAAUGGACGAAUGCUACGAAGGCCUCGAGGGCGCCGUUGCCCUAGUUGACAAUGUACUUGUAUACGGGAAAACGCGCUCCGAGCAUGAUAAAAACCUACGCGAAGCACUUUUAAGGUCGCGUGAACGGGGAAUCAAGCUAAAUAAAGACAAACUUGAGGUUGGUCUCAAAUAUUUUGGCCAUACACUCACCGCGGACGGGCUCAAACCCGAAGAAGACAAAGUAAGAGCAGUACAGCUCAUGAAACCCCCGACUAACAAGAGCGAGUUAGAAACGUUCUUAGGGAUGGUCACAUAUCUAUCCAAGUUUGCACCAAACUUGUCUGAAUUGACAAGCCCACUACGCGUACUUCUUACACAAAACAUAGAAUUCCACUGGGACAAACCCCAAGCUGACGCUUUCUGCCGGGUCAAAGACAUAAUAACUGCAUGUCCAGUUCUUGCAUAUUUUGAUCCGAACAAGGAA